AACACAGUAGUUUCAAUUUGGAGUGGGCAAGCUCUCAAACGCCUCGUUUAGGCGACGCGCAGAUCGAUCGCGGGGCGGAGCGAGGCACUGGUGAUUGCUCAGAAAAAUACUGCAGCUCUGUAUAUUAUUUGCUCUGGAAUUCUGCUCAAAUCUGCUAAAAGCAUGGACUGAAGCAGCCUCUAUAGCAGCAAAAGAAAAAGAAAAUGUCAGCUUCACAGCGGUCGAACUCCCAAUGGCAAUGGGAGAACGCCACCGCCGGAGCCCUUGCCGGAUUUGCUACUGUCGCCGCCAUGCACCCCCUUGACGUCGUCCGUACUAGAUUUCAAGUUAACGAUGGUCGAGUUGCCAAUCUUCCAGCUUACAAGAACACUGCACACGCUAUCUUAACCAUAGCACGCUCAGAGGGUCUGAAAGGGCUUUAUGCAGGCUUUUAUCCUGCUGUUUUUGGCUCAACUGUUUCAUGGGCUUUAUAUUUUUUCUUUUAUGGCCGAGCUAAAGAGAGAUACUCUAGGAACAGAAGUGAGGCGCUGAGCCCUGGUCUUCAUCUUGCUUCUGCUGCAGAAGCUGGAGCGUUGGUUUCUUUAUGUACAAAUCCUAUUUGGCUUGUAAAAACAAGAUUGCAGCUUCAAACUCCACUUCAUCACUCUCGACCAUAUUCUGGGCUUUAUGAUGCCCUAAGAACCAUCAUGAGGGAGGAAGGGUGGAGUGCCCUUUAUAAAGGGCUUGGUCCCAGUCUUAUUCUGCAGGUUUCUCAUGGAGCUGUUCAAUUCACCGUAUAUGAGGAACUCCGUAAAGUUAUUUGCAACUUAAAAUCUAAAGGAAGUGAACAGAAGCCUGAAACUGCAGACGAUCUGUUGAAUUCGUUCGAUUAUGCUAUGCUUGGGGGAACUUCUAAGGUUGCUGCCAUUCUUUUGACUUACCCAUUUCAGGUUAUUCGAGCGCGAUUGCAGCAACGGCCCAAUACAGAUGGAACUCCAAGGUAUAUGGAUAGCUGGCAUGUAAUGAAGCAAACUGCAAGAUUUGAAGGCAUUCGAGGUUUCUACAAGGGCAUCGUGCCAAACCUUCUGAAAAAUGCCCCUGCUUCAUCAAUAACAUUUAUUGUGUAUGAGAAUGUCAUGAAACUGCUAAGAUUGGCAAACAGGAGUGACUGAAUCCUUCUCACACCAGCAAACAAAAGGGUGGUCAAACCGCAACUGUUAACUUCCCCAUGGAGGAAAGGAACAGUUUGGUUCAAGUGCAGGCGCAGCCAUGACAAAUGGCACAAAGAAACAAAGAAGUUAACUAUUGAGGAGUCAUAUCUCAAUCACAGAAUCAUGAAAAGAUAGUGCUGGUGCUUUGAUAUGCAUAUGAAAGAGAGAGUGAUGGUGGGAAGCAGUGGUGAUCACUGUUAGACUACUGAAACUGAUGAAGACAAGACUAUGGGUUUGUGGGUUGUCCCCAUAAUACACCACUGAAGGCUGACACUUUUGGCGCCCCUUUUGGACCAUUAUCUCACGUGCUCACUCCAUGCUCUAAUUAUGGGUUCCAAAAAGAAAAUAUACAUACAUUUAUAUAGCUUCUCUCUUACAUUUGUUGUUUAGGGGUAACAAGGAGUCCGUUGGUUGAGAUUGUGACACGAUGAUAACUUUUAGCGUAAGCAAAAGAUCGUGAGUUCAAAUCUCAGGGGGGUUUCUAUUAUUGUAGUUUGCAAGAUUGACUUUACUCAACUCAACGUGUACAUGGGGGUUGUUCGGUCUUUCACGAGAGCUGAGAUUUACUAA